AUGGAUGUUUAUAUAGCUGCUUUUGCAAGAACUCCUCUUGGUGGUUUUAAUGGAUCAUUAACUUCUUUUACAGCAACAAAACUUGGCCCCAUUGCUGUUGAAGCUAACAUUAGUCCUGAGCUUGUUGAAGAAGUCUUUUUUGGAAAUGUUCUUUCUGCUAACCUUGGUCAGAAUCCAGCAUGUCAAGUAGCUUUAGGUGCAGGUAUCCCAGACAAAGUGAUUGCCACAACAGUUAAUAAAGUGUGUGCAUCAGGUAUGAAAUCUGUAAUUUUAGGUGCCCAAACCAUCAUCACUGGAAAUGCUGAUGUAAAAUCUAUGUCAAACACACCUUAUUAUGCCACAAAAACAAUAUUUGGUUCUAAAUAUGGGGAUCAAACACUUGUUGAUGGUAUUAUAAAAGAUGGCUUAACAGAUGUCUAUAAUAGUUAUCUUAUGGGCAUUGCUGCUGAAGAAUGUGCUGAAGAUUAUAAUAUUACUUGUGAAGAACAAAAUGAUUAUGCUAUUUAUUCAUAUCAAUGUGCACAAAAAGCAUUUGCAGAAAAUAAAUGUUCGGAUGAAAUUGUUCCAAUAAAAGUAUCUGGUGGUAGAGGUAAACCUGAUAAAAUAAUUACACAAGAUGAUGAAGUUAAUAAUUUAAAUGUUGAUAAACUGCGUGCUGUGAAGCCAGCAUUCAUUGACAAUGGUAGUGUGACAACUCCCAAUUCUUCGCCAUUAAAUGAUGGUGCAACAGCUAUUGUUCUAAUUAGUGGAGAGAAAGCUAAAGAGUUGGGUAUUAAAGUUGUUGCAAAAAUUUUAGGUUGGAGUGAUGCUGCUCAGGCACCAGAAAAAUUUACAACAUCACCAUCUGUAGCCAUACCAAAAGAUUUAUCUCAUGCAAAAAAAUCACUUUCAGAUAUUGAUUAUUUGGAGAUUAAUGAAGCAUUUUCUGUUGUUGCUUUAGCAAAUUUAAAAUUGCUUUCACUAGAUAAAGAAAAAGUCAAUGUUUUUGGUGGUGCAGUUGCAACGAGUCAUCCAUUGGGUUGUUCAGGGGCUAGAAUUAUUGCAACUUUAACCAAAAACAAAAGCAUCGAAGAAAUCUGGACAAAUUAUAAGAACCUUAGUAUUAAACGAUUAUUGGCACUAACAAUCUAUGAUUUCAAUCAAUUACUCGCCUCCUUUCUAAAGUAUUUGCCUCAAAAUCCUGAUCUUUACACAAAAAUAAAUUCUAUAAUUUAUGAAAUGGAGGAACUACCAAAUGUUGAAUUGGAUGUGUCAACUUACAAUAUCUUGAUGACAUCUUGUGUGAGGAUAGGUGACUUGACUACUCUGUAUGAAUAUUUUCAAGCUUUUUUCAAUGAUGAUGUCAAGCCAAAUACCAUAAGCUACAAUAUUCUAAUAUCUGGGUAUAUUAACACGGAACAAAAAAGUAAUCGUAGUUUAUUUUUACGCAGUGCAUUUUAUUUUUUUGAUAAUAUGGUGAGUCAAGGUGUCGAGAGGAACAACAAAACGUACACGCUACUAAUCAAAGCAUGCGGUGAAAUGUAUGACUAUCCAAAGGCUUUAGGUUUGUUUAACAAGUUGAUAGAAGAUGGAAUAGAACCUGAUACUAUAGUGUGCAAUGCAUUAUUAUCGGUUAUUUCAAAAACUCAUAGAGAUCCUUCAAAGGCAAUUGAGUUAUUUAAUGAAAUGAAAUCCAGAAAACUACAACCAACAAUCAUAACAUAUAAUAUUAUUAUAGGAUUUAUGAAAAAAAUAGGAGAGGAACAAUUGGCACUGGAAUAUUUUGAGCUGAUGAAAAAAGAUGGUAUUCUACCUGAUGCCAAGAUACUAGAAUCUAUUGGUAUUGUAGGUAUAAAGGCGAUUAGAAUGUUGCGAGAUGAAUUCAAUACAAUGCCAAAGUUGAUUGAUUAUAAUUUAAUGUUGUAUUCCGAAUUGCAAGAAUCAGAUUAUGAAGAUGCAUUAGAGGUUUAUAGACACAUGCAAAAGCACAACGUAAAGCCUAAUUUGACAACUUAUGCAAUAAUAAUAGAUGAUCAUGUAAAAGGUGAGAAACCUGAUAAUGCGUUAGACAUAUUCAAUGUUAUGUUAAAAGAGAACUUGAAAAUAGAUUUUGGAAUUUAUAAAGCAUUAAUAAAUGCAUAUUUGAACAAUCGUGAUUUGGAUAAGGUUUUUUACUUGAUAGAUUUGUUGAAAAAAAAAUCAAAUAUAAGAUUGACGCUUGGAUCGCUUGAAUCAAUAUUGAAAACAGCAGCCAGGCUACCAGAUCCAUCGAUUAUUGAAAAGGUUUUUAAAUAUUUAAAAGAAUCAAAAAUAAUAGCAGAAAAUCAGAACCAUAGAAAUUUAUAUAAUAUUUUAUUAAAUAAAUUAGCAAGUUCGUCAUCAAUAGAAAUCUUAGAAAAUUAUUUGGAUGAAAUGGAAAAUGACAAGAUACCUAUAGUAUAUCCAACAUUUUCCAGUAUAAUUAAAGGAUGUGGUUUAGCAAAAAAAUUUAACGAAAUGGAAUGUUGGUAUCAAAGAAUGAUUUUAAAAUACAAGUUAAAGCCAAACUCUCAAAUAUUAUCAGUAAUAAUAAAUACUUUUAUAGAUGAUAAUAAUUUAAAUUUAAGUAUAGUAUAUUUUAGAGAAUUUUUCAAGUAUGAUGUUAGAAUUAAUGAAGAUGAUGUGAUCAGACUGUUAAAUCUAUUUAGAAAAUUUGGUUCAAACACACGACGCAAUAUAGUGUUAAAUAUAUUAGAACAGAAUGGAUAUGAAGAUUAUAUAACCAAUUAUAACAAUAGAGUACAAUUGAUCAAAAAUAAGCUAGAGACAUUUAGAUGGUUAGAGGAUCAUAAAAAAGGUAGGUUGAUGGUUGAAAGAAUCAUACAUCAAAAAAAUGCUGUUUUUAGGCAUAAUAAUGCUUUAAGAAAAUUAGAGGGCAAUGCAGCUAAUAGACUAAGACUUUGGCAACCUUUUACGACACAUUUUGAUUUUGCAGUUGUUUUGAUUGAUGGGCGUGGAUCUUCAGAUAGGGGAAUAGAAUUUGAGUCGUAUCUUAGGGGACGUAUGGGUACUGUAGAGCUGGAGGAUCAAAUAGCGGGAUUACGAUAUUUAGCAUCAAACAAUAUGGGUGUUGAUUUAGACCGAGUAGCUAUAACAGGAUGGAGCUAUGGUGGAUAUUUAAGUUUGAUGGCAUUGGCACAAUACCCUGAUAUAUUUAAAUUGUCCAUUGCAGGAGCACCAGUAACACAAUGGGAAUUAUAUGACACUGCUUAUACCGAGCGUUACAUGGGACUUCCGGCUGAAAAUAUAGAAGGAUAUCAUAACGGAAGCGUUUUAACUUGGGCAGACAGAUUUCCUGACAAUGAACAUCGAUUACUGAUUGCUCAUGGUCAAAUAGAUGAAAAUGUUCAUUUCAAGAAUUCAGAACUUUUAGUAUCAGCCUUGGUUAGACAUAAUAAACCACAUGUAUUACAACCAUAUCCUGCCGAACGUCACGGUCUUAGGCAUGCGAAUGUUGCAGAACACUUUGAAACUUUAAUGUUUUUUUGGUUGUUAAAUUAUUUGUGA